UGUGUGUAAAAAAAUGGAAAAAUGAAAAAUAGGGAUUCACUGGCCAGAAAAAGUCACUUCAAACAGCUAUGUGGUGGAUACCAGGUUAAAAAUAGUGGCGGUCAAUUCAUCAGCCUUGCAAGCUGUUGAAUGGUGUAAUCCCAGCACAAGUUGCUAUGUCUAACAUAGCUGUUCGCUAUCAUCGCUUCCGCGAUGGGCAUGUCUGAGGUCUGAGGUGUGUGUGUGUCAUACUGGCCAACCCUCCCGUUUUUCCCGGGGAAAUCCCGGAAAAUCAACACUCCUCCCGGGGUCCCGGGGAUUUUAAGCAAACUCCCGGAAAAACCACAGUUUUGUCUGAUACAGGAUUUUCCUGAAAACUCCAUGGUUUCUCCCCGAAUGUCCCGGUUUUUUAAACUAUUUUCAAAGGUAUGUACGGUGCUCACUCGCACUUCAAACUGUGCACAGUGUAGUGAUGUAAUCAUGUACAUAUGUAUAGUGUGCGCAUGCGUGCAUGCUUGCAGUAGAGAACUCGCAGAGCUUGAAGACGAAGCCUGCAAUGGCUACCUCCAGACUUGCAUUGUUGUAGUGUUGCCCAUCUACAUUGGCGCAGUGAACAGGUCAAGAUGACAACGAAGGGCAGAGUGCCCAAGGAUUUUGUACCCGAUUACGCCGGCGACAUCGGGGCCGAUUUUGAGCUUUGGCUCGAGGAUGUCAAUGACUACUUAGCAAUUUGUAAUGUUUCUACUGCUGCUGACAAAAAGCGUUUAUUUUUGAAUUUGGCCGGACUCUCAGUUCGUAAAGUUGUGAAGGGUCUGGUUAUUCCUUCUCCGCCAGCAAAUGAUGAUGGUUCUCCUGGAGACGAGUACGUAGCACUGACGGACGCCGUUCUGGCGCACUUCCGUCCCACCAUCAAUACGACGUCAGAACGUCACAAAUUCCGGCAGCUCAAACAAGGGCCGGAGGAAUCCGUCUCCACCUUCGUUGGCCGUUUACGAGAGAGAGUGGACUUAUGUAAGUUCGGGGCGACGGAUGUGGACAGCGUGGUUAACUCCCAGGUGCGAGACCAGUUGGUUGCAGGUUUGAAAUCCCCCGAAGUUCGUCGCGAGUUGCUCAAGGAGUCCAGACUCACCCUCGCAGAUGCCAUCACCAAAGCAGUGGCACUGGAGACCUCCUAUGCGGAGAGUAAGCUGUAUGAUCCGCCGGCAGAGCCUGCCAAUCAGUUCAGCUCAGUGGCUGCCGUUAGUGCGACCAGACAGCAACGCAGACAGCCACGUACAGUAUCUGGUUCUUGCAAGUACUGUGGCCGUACACAUGCUAAGGGAAAGUCGUUUUGCCCUGCAGCCAACAUCCGCUGUCGCAGUUGUAGCAAGGUCGGACAUUUUGCGGCCGUAUGUCAGUCGCAACGCUCUGGAUUAGAUGCUAACGCCGUCGACGAGGAGCCCGCCGACCUAGCCGACCAGGCUCAUUUGGUUUAUGACACCGUGUACAUGGCUGAGCAGACCGGGUCACACCGCCAGUUCCUCGCAUCGCUAUUGGUGGAUGGCAAGGAGUGUGAAGGUUUGCUGGAUACCGGUGCAAGCCGUACUAUUCUCACCGAUGACAUUGUCCAGCCUACCCGCAGCAGUAAUCGUGUCCUCAAGGCGUACACAGGCGGGGAGAUUGCAACUUUAGGCAUGGCUGAUGUAACCAUUGCAUCUCCUACGCGUACCAUGUCUUGUAGUUGUUUUGUUGUACCCCAUGGGAAACAUCGUAUUCUGUUCGGCCAGGAUGUGAUCUCUGAACUUGAGCUGUUGGUUCCAGCGCACCUGGUGGACACUGGCAAUUUGGUUGACACCGCACCAAUUUCCAUCUCCGUGGAUGCUGAAGCUAGGCCGGUGGCUCAACCAGCUCGACGUCCCCCAUUCAGCGCCAAGGCCGACAUUGAACAUGAACUGCAUCGUCUUGUCAAGGCAGAUAUCAUCGAGCCAGUUAAGGAAGCGUCUGGAUGGGUAUCGCCGAUCGUCCCAGUCCAUGACGUCUUGGUGUAUGGUCGCAACCGGGCGGAACACGAUGCACGGCUCGCUAGCGUUUUGGAACGACUCAAAGCUGCUAAUCUCUGCCUCAACUGGGGCAAGUGUCGCACUCGACUGACAUGUGUCAAGUAUCUCGGCCAUGUCCUGACGAAGCAAGGUGUUCAACCCGACACAUGCAAGCUUCAAGCUAUCAGUGAACUGUCGGAGCCCACGUGCCUCGCCGACGUUCAGCGUUUUCUCGGGAUGGUCACCUAUCUGGGCAAGUUUGUUCCUCAGCUGUCUCAAGUAACUGAGCCACUUCGUUCGAUCGUCAAGCAGCCAGAGCCAUUUGUAGCUACUGAGAGCCUGAUUGCGGCAUUCAACGCAGUAAAGCAGGCAGUCGCUUCAUCCCUGCAGACAUUGGCGUACUUCCGCCCAUCUCCAGAUGUUCGUACGGCUGUCAGCUGCGAUGCUUCGCCUCAAGGUUUGGGCGCUAUCCUCUGGCAGCACGACGACAAGGGCCAGUGGGUGCCAGUCACUUGUGCCAGCCGAUCGUUGACUGAUGUGGAGACACGCUAUUCGCAGAUGGAGCGUGAAAUGUUGGGUGUGGUAUUCGCUCUAACUCGUUUCCGCCAGUACGUUCUGGGCCGGGAUGUGGACGUCUUCACGGAUCACAGACCACUGCUCCAUAUAGUUCAGAAGCCGUUCGAUGACGUCCCACCACGUCUCCAGCGUUGGCUAGUCUCUCUGAUGCCGUAUUCGUACUCACUCAAGCACAUCCCAGGAAAGCAACUGUUGUGCGUUGACGCCUUGUCUCGUGCUCCGCUGAAGACCACUGUCUCGUCUCCAGCUGAGUCCCGGUCAUUGAAUGAGUACGUCAACAUGGUUCUUGAGGCAGCACCAGUCAACCUUGAGGAGAUCCGCCGUGCCACUCAAGACGACGCAACGCUCCACAGUGUCCUGCAGCGUGUGCUCACCUCAUCCUGGCGCGAUGCCUCGCCCGCUGAGCAGCCGUACUAUCUCGUCAGAGAUCAACUCACUGCAGCUGACGGUGUGUUGCUAUUGUCGGCACGUGUUGUGAUACCAGAAGGGCUACGCCAUUCCGUCAUGGCAUUAGUGCAUGAGGGACACCCGGGCCAGGAAGCCUUUCAAGAUUCCCUCCGGCAGAGGGUUUGGUGGCCAGGGCUCACCAAGGACGCUAGUCUGUAUGUGGAACGUUGCUCCGAGUGUUGGCGACGUCGCACAAACAGUCCGCAAGAUCUUCUCCCCACUGAGAUUGAAGGCGUGUGGGAGAAACUGGCAAUCGACCUGGUAUCUAUUGAGGGCCACUCUGUUCUCUCCCUCAUUGAUUAUGGCUCCCGGUACCCUAUCCUCAAGGUUCUGUCCUCUACAACCACUACAGCUAUCGUGGACGAGCUAGAUGAAGUGUUUGCCCUAUUCGGUCUACCGUCUGUACUGGUUUCGGAUAACGGGCCACAGUUUGUGUCGGAGCAGAUGACCACCUUCUUGCAGCGGCUGGGCAUUCGUCACAUCCGCUCCAGCCCACGUUAUCCACGUUCCAAUGGCAUGGUGGAACGACUCCAUCGUCUCGUCAAGGAAAGAAUGGUGGCACUGAAGCCUCAUUUACCUUUCCGUCGACGACUGAACCAGGUUCUGUUCGACGUCCGACAUUCCCGACACCGCAUGUUGGGAACCUCUCCAAACGAGGCUCUGUUCUCUCGCCCAUUGCGUAGCAGAGUUCCUACCAUGAUCCCUCCUCGCAUUGUCAACCCCAGCAUCCAGCUGAGAGCCAAGGCCACAAUGGCACGUGAUCAUGACGCUCGUCGUGGAGUGAAGGCCUUGCCACAUCUGCAGGCGGGCAAGCGGGUGAUCCUCCAUGACGGAUACAAUGAUCCAGCCAAGCCGUGGACCGUGGUGGAGCAGUACGGGAGGCAAGUGGGAGUAACCGACGGUGUCCGGAUUCUGCUUCGUAACCGCCAACAUGUCAGAGAAUUGGUCUCACCUGCUGCUGCAUCGUCUGAUUGGCCUGAGUUUGUUGCCUCCGUACCCAAGUCACCGCUGUCCACGCCUCCUGUUAGUGUUCCGGUUCCGACUAGCCCGGCCGCACCACAAUCGGCGACAGGUAGUGAGCCAUUGGUGCCAGCGUCAACGGAAGCUGAGGCCCCUCUCACCCGUUCUGCACUUGCUGACGCCUCACCCGCGUGUUCUUCGCCUCGUCCAGUUUCUCCUAGCGAUGUCUGCAGGGAUCAGACCAGCUCACCAGCCAGUGAGUCUCCCAAGCGAUUUCAUGAUGGCAUGAAAACCCGUUCUGGCCGUCAGGUAACCCUUACAGAGAAGGCCAGAGCGGCUUAUGGAUGACUGCUGCUGCUGCUGCGGGACAGUGUGUCCAUGGACACGUAGAGACCAUUUUACCGUUUUUUUUGUGCUGAACAUUUUUUUGUUUUGUUUUCUUCCUCGUUCACAGCCGCUUGUCGGUAGUAUGUAGCGUGGUUGUGUUUUGUUUUGUUUUUCUCAGUGAUUUGCAGUUUUUAAUGACUGGCGCAUGGCAUGCGCAUUCGCUUCGGUUUUUUCCUUUUCUUCUUUUUGUUUUUUCUCUUUAAUUAAUUGGCUUUUCCUUCUUCACUUUGUUCCUCUAUUUUGAUUUCUUCUUCUUCUUCUUUUUUUUUAUUUGAAAGGGGAGAUGUAGUGAUGUAAUCAUGUACAUAUGUAUAGUGUGCGCAUGCGUGCAUGCUUGCAGUAGAGAACUCGCAGAGCUUGAAGACGAAGCCUGCAAUGGCUACCUCCAGACUUGCAUUGUUGUAGUGUUGCCCAUCUACAUACAGCACUUUCAAGACCUGGCCAUGCCUAGCUUGCAAGAUCUGCACUGACAAAGUGACAGGCGGGCGCCGACUGAUCAAACUGCACUACAGGGUCGAACCGUGCUGUACGCAGAUCUGCAGAUCUGCAGAGUCGAACGUUUUUUGGGCGAGAAAAGCUCUUUUUCACUUGUUUUUGUGCCAUCCAGGGAUUUUGAGAGAAAUCCAGGUAUUCUGCAUGUCUUGUCAAGGGAUUGAGAUUGUGGUGGUUGGUCAGUAUGGUGUGUGUGUGUGUGUGUGUGU